UAAGCUCCCGAACUCCGCUCAGACUUUAGUAAACAUGCUCGUUCCGUGUUCCGGAGGCAGAGCCGUCCCAGAGGCCGCACGUCGUCCGAACCGUGUCCGGGGUCCGUGUGCGUUGUCCGGCCGUCUUUGAGCACCCAGGUCGGAGGUGUUUUGUCAGAGGAUGGAUGGAGUCAGCUGGAGCUCCCCAAGGUCCCAGGAGUCAUUCAGCCGCCCCACGGCGUCAGCAGACACGCUGUCCAGGCUCGCCAGCCUCAUCGCUCGGGCCGACACCAAACAUCCCGCUCGCAGCCACAGGCUGUCCCACCUGUUUGUCUGUCAGGAAUGUGACCAGACUUUCUCUUACACAACAGACCUGCUGCUGCACCAGGAGCUGAAACACUCGCUGCCAAAGCCUCAUCGCUGCCCGUCCUGUGGCCGGGAGUUCUCCCUGAGGUCCUCCUUAAAGCUGCACAAGUGCGAGCCGACGCGCUGCGAGCUCUGCCACGGCGUGACGCGGCCCGGCUCCCCGUGCCCCGCCUGCGCGCCUCGGACCUCGGAUCCCGGGAGGAUGCAGGACAAGUGCAUCCUCCGGCAGCCCCCCCUGCUGGACCACAGCCCUUACGCUUGCGCGCCCUGUGGGAGGGGCUUCAGCCAGAAGCAGGCGCUGCUGCACCAUCAGCAGGCCGGAUGCAGUGAGCCCCCAUCCCUCUCAGAUAUCAUCAAUGGCAGCAGCCUUCCAGAAGAUUCUCCACCGCCUUCUGAGGGCAACUCGGCCCGAUCCGAUUCCUCAGACAGCCCGGAACCUGGCUGCAGCAGGACCACCAGCACGUGCCCCCUCUGCUCCAAAACCUUCCGCACAAAGGCCGGACUGCAACGCCACAAAGAGACCAGCCACGCAGAGGAGGAGGAGGGGGAGGGGGAGGAAGGGCUGAAGACCCGAGGAGCCAAGGCGGGCAGAGGUCUCCGUAAACGACCAAAAUCCAGAACAAAGGUUCUGAGCUGCCGUUCAUGUGACUUGGUCUUCAGCAGCACUGCCAGGCUGUACAUGCACAGGAAAGAGAAGCACAGGAGGGAGCCGAUCGUGUGGAGAGAACCCAGCUCCGUGGUCCCGAGGCGCCGGAGAGGCGGGAUCUAUCCGUGUCAGGUCUGCGGCAAGGUGUUCGUCCAUCACCUGUCACUCAGGGCUCAUUACAGACGGCACACGGACCCGAGCUUCACCGCCAUCAAGAACGGCCCGUCGGAAGAAUGUACGACCAAAGACUCCAAGUCCUCCUCCCUAAACAGACCAAAUCCAGUGAAGCCCCCCCUGGCAGAGGGGAAAACGGUGCGAGCUGCACUGGGGAGGCCCAGGAAAGCGCCCCGAGCGGCGGAGCAGGCCGUCUCCUCGGGGAGGCGCAGGGCGGGGCCCGAAGCCCAGGGAGAGGAGGCGGACGGAGAGUUCCCCUGCCCCUCCUGCCCCGAGGUUUUCCCCGAGCUCCGGCAGCUGAAGAAGCACGUGGAGCUGCACCAGUCGGCGACGACGAGGAGGAGGCAGUGCAGCGUGUGCAGCAGCGAGAUGGACGCCGGCCGCUGGCCCGCCUCCCGCAGGCAGCGGCUGUACCACUGCGUUCCCUGCCAGCAGGGCUUCUCCGCACUGGACUCCUUCCUCCAGCACUGUCAGGAGCACCUGCGAGUCCGGGUGGAGGAGGACAGCGCAGCAGGCUGAGAAGGCCUGAGGACUCCUCACAAUGUCAGCUUUCACCUUUUUGCCUUGGAACGUUGGGAAGAGUAGAGUGACGACAAAUAUCUGUGAAAUUCCUGUCAGGUGACUAGUUUACAAAUGAAAGAUACAGAAGUUAUUGAGUUUAGAUUCACACUGUUGGUUUAAAGUUUUUCUCAGCAACAUAUCAGGGCUGUUUGUUCAGCUGAAAGACUGUAAAUUAAAGUCUUUGGAAAGCAGUUUCACGCCUGUGUCUGAGUUUGUAUUACAGGAAGAGAAACGCUGAAUGUGUCUGAUCUUCAUCUCCACUGACUCUGCUGCUGCUGCGUCACAAACAGAAAUAAUAUU